CGAUGUUCCAUAUAAUAGAGUUUCUGGAGAGCAAAACUGUAGCAGUGGUGCCAGAAAACUGGUGCACUUACGGUGUCACCAAUUAUAAAAAUGAUGAAAGAGUCAACAGGGCAGUAAGGAAAGCUGAGGAGCCUGGACCUGACUGGCAGAGCUACGAUGUCAGAGUUGUUAAGUCAUGUGAUCAUUACUUUGAGGCACGUCAUCUUUUAAAAAAAUCCCUGACGUGCAACACGUCAGAUUUGCAGUCAGAAGAGGAAGAGGAGGAAGUUCAGUCAAAGAGAAGGCCAAAGCCGAUUCAUUUCUUUGGGGACUCGGAUGAUGACAGUGAGGAGGAAAGUCCUCAAAAAAAGAGAGCCAGAGGUCCAGCCAAACCCUCACCACAGCCACCAGCUCCCAUUAUCCCACCCCUACCUCGCUGUGUGCCAAGUAGCGUUACAGUUGCCCUUCCUCCACCCGUUGCUCCUCCUUCACCCACUCCACCAGCAGUAGAGCAAACCCCAUCUUCAAGCCAGGUCUACAGACCUACCUGGCGAGGGGGAAGGUGUGGAUCAGACACCAUCACCUGUUCGGGUGAGCAAUACCUCAAACGGCUAUGAGAUUCAAAUUGAACCUUUCAAUCAUUGUACAUUCGAAUUGUUGAAUCAUAAUCAAAUCGUGGGUGCCAGUGAAGAUUCACCCCUCUAGUAGAUAUGUAUAACAUUAAUUUGAUCUUUACCAAAUCAAGGCUUCUUUGUGGUAAAGAAAUAAGCAAAAAUAAACAUAACCAUCUGCUAAGUUAAAUCUUUCUUAAUGAGUUGUCCAAAGCAGACUGACAUUUUUUAUACAAUAUAUAU